ACGACCCAGUGAGAGUGCGGAUAUGAGAAAUCGAGGUUGCUUUCGGGUCUAGUAUGAACUCUGGGGGGAGGAACGGAGAGAAAAGGCCCCACCACUCAAACCUAGAGGUGUCUGAUUCAAGGUGUCCCUCAACUUGUUUCCUUGGUCUUCAAAAAGAACUAGCAGUGAAGCAAGCGCAGAAGAUGGGGGUCUUGGCCUUUUAAACAUAUACAAAUGGCAAGGCCUAGGAUGGAAACCUUACGGGCUGAAAUACGUCCGCGAGCUACGAGAAUGGAGUCCGGGUCCUUUAAGGGUGCAUACCAAGGGGCGGAGUCUAGAGCGGAAGUUGUAGCGCAGCACCGAAGUCCGGCACUUGAAGGGCGGAAGUAGGUGGCUACUCUUGCAGUUAUGGCGCAGGAAGAGGAAGAUAUUAGAGAUUACAAUUUGACAGAAGAGCAGAAGGCGAUAAAGGCCAAGUAUCCUCCAGUCGUUCGGAAGUACGAGUAUUUGGACCACACAGCAGAUGUCCAGUUACACGCAUGGGGGAAUACUCUGGAAGAAGCAUUUGAGCAAUGUGCAAUGGCCAUGUUUGGUUACAUGACAGAUACUGGGACUGUGGAGCCCCUCCAAACAAUAGAAGUAGAAACUCAAGGAGAUGACUUACAAUCUCUUCUGUUUCACUUUUUGGAUGAGUGGCUUUAUAAGUUCAGUGCUGAUGAAUUCUUCAUACCCCGGGAAGUGAAAGUACUUAAUAUUGAUCAAAGAAAUUUCAAAUUACGGUCAAUUGGGUGGGGAGAAGAAUUUUCAUUGUCCAAGCACCCUCAGGGAACGGAAGUAAAAGCAAUAACAUAUUCAGCAAUGCAGGUCUAUAAUGAAGAGAAACCAGAAGUUUUUGUGAUCAUUGACAUUUAAGACACCGAAAAAAGAAAAGAAAAAGACUCCUGUGAAGGACUUUAAUUUUCUUCUUCCUUUUGAGAAGAUACCAUGAUUUACGUUCUGUAAUAUCUUUUGAUAUAUGGAAAUUUGCAAAAUAGAAAUUUUUAACUUAAAGGAAUGACUUUCAGAAAUGGAAGAUCAGGGCAACAGCCUUGGUCUGUGUUCCCCAGAUAUUCAGACUUUAAAGAAUUCUUCAGGGCCGAGCCCGUGGCGCACUUGGUAGAGUGCUGCGCGCUGGCAGUGCGGCGACGCUCCCGCCGCGGGUUCGGAUCCUAUAUAGGACUGACCAGUGUACUCACUGGCUGAGUGCCGGUCACGAAAAAACGACCAAAAAAAUAAAUAA